GUUGAGAGAAGAGCGAGAGUCUUCUUGGCACAAUGCACUGAGUGUGACAGUGUGAUUUCAGCUGCACUGAAGGAAGAUUUCACAGGCUGUGUGUGAGGGGAUAAAAGGAGCAAACUGGGCUUUGUUUUGCUUUUUUUCACACCUUGUCAGACCUGCCCGUACACCCCGCUCCCCACAAGGAUUUUUUUUUUUUUUUUUUGCAUCUUUGAGCCACCUUGCAACCCUUUUCCCUUGAUUGGCUGCACUCAACCCCACUGCCAACCUGGGCUCGGGCCGUGGGGGCUGCUCGGCGCGCCUUGGCUGAGAUUUGCAACCCGACAUGAGCGCAUACAAAGCCGGCGUUAAUGGGGCUUGGUGGUCCCUGACGCCGUGGAGGAGCUAUAAGGGCUGGAUGUUGUGCUUGUGGGUGGCUGUGGUCGGGCUAGCGGUGGGCUCCGGAGACCCGUGGCUGUCCGCCGAGGCAUGUCCGUCCUCCUGCGCCUGCAGCAACACCAGAAUCUCCUGCGUGGAUCCGGAGAGGGGCAUCGCCUCCGUUCCCAUCCUUCAGAGCGAGGCGGAGAUGGAGAACAUCACGGACAUCUACAUCGCCAACCAGAGCAGCUUCUCGUCCAUCAACGACAAAGACCUGCACUACUACAAGAACCUCAGGAACCUAACGGUGACCAACAGCAGGCUGACGUACGUCUCCAAGCUGGCCUUUCAGAACAAUGUCAAAUUACAAUAUCUGAAUCUGAAAGACAACAACUUGUCAUCAUUGUCCUGGACCAUAUUCCGACACCUCAACAUCUCCUACAUGAUCCUGACAGGAAACCCACUGCAAUGUUCCUGUGAGAACAUGUGGAUCAAGCUGUUGCUCGGAGAGGAGGCGGACACCCAGGAACUGCGCUGCAUCGUAGACGGUGGAGGACGCAGCCCACUGUCCAGACUCAGACUAGCCAAUUGUGAGCUUCCCAUGGCAACACUGACGGCCUCCAAUUUGACCGUCAGGGAGGGUGAGAACAUGCAGCUGUCCUGCGCCACCUCUGGAGUGCCCUCGCCAGACCUCAUCUGGAACAUGUCGCUGGUCACAAACUAUGAGAUAGCGACGUCAGGUCAGAUCUCCGUACUACGGUUGUCCAACGUGUCAUCGUUGGACCAUAACAGUAAGAUCAGCUGCACUGCAGAGAACAUCGUCGGAGAGAAAGAAUCCUCCAUGCUAUUGGACAUACAAUUUCCUCCGAAUAUCACCAAGCUGAGCGGCGCAGUCUCAGACCACCACUGGUGCAUCCCCUUUAGUGUUGCAGGAAACCCAGCACCUCGCAUGGAAUGGUUUCUGAACGACAAGGCAGUGACUGAGGACAGAUUCAUCCGGACCAUGAUUCAUGAAGAAACGGAGCGCGAGUAUCACGGCUGUCUGCAGCUGGACAGCCCCACGCACCUCAACAACGGCCUCUACACGCUAGUGGCCAAGAACGACUUUGGAACCGACCGGAAGCGGGUCGAGGCCCACUUCAUGCGCAAACCCUGGGACAGUGAGGACCCACACUCGGCAGGAAUUGACAAAGAUUCAUACUACUACGACUCCCCCCUAGAUGGACCCACUUCAGACCCACCAGAGGACAGAGUCGCUGUGUAUGUGGUGGUGGGCAUCGCCGCUGUGGCCUUCUUCGGUUUCCUGAUCAUGUUGGCCAUCCUCAAGUUUGGCGGCAACUCCAAGUUUGGCAUCAAAGGACCGUCCUCGGUCAUCAGCAACGACGACGAUUCAGCCUCGCCUCUCCACCACGUCUCCAACGGCAGCAACACGCCGUCCUCCUCCGAGUUGGGCCCCGACGCCGUCAUCAUCGGCAUGACCAAGAUCCCCGUCAUUGAGAACCCGCAGUACUUCAGGAGCUCCAACAGCUUGCUCAAGACGGACACCUUUGUCCAGCACAUCAAGAGACACAAUAUUGUGCUGAAGAGGGAGCUGGGAGAGGGAGCCUUUGGCAAAGUCUUCCUGGCCGAAUGUUACAACCUGUCACCUGACCAGGAGAAGAUACUGGUGGCUGUCAAGACUCUUAAAGAGGCCAGCGAAAACGCCCGCAAGGACUUCCAUCGCGAGGCCGAGCUGCUGACCAACCUCCAGCACGAGCACAUUGUCACUUUCUACGGCGUGUGUGUGGAGAGCGACCCCCUCAUCAUGGUGUUCGAGUACAUGAAACACGGAGACCUCAACAAGUUCCUCAGGGCUCACGGUCCAGAUGCAGUCCUGAUGGCAGAAGGCCAGACCACCAGACCAGUGGAGCUGACUCAGUCGCAGAUGGUGCACAUCGCCCAGCAAAUAGCGUCCGGAAUGGUCUACUUGGCAUCACAGCACUUUGUGCACCGUGACCUGGCCACCAGGAACUGCCUGGUGGGCGAAAACUUGCUGGUGAAGAUCGGAGACUUUGGCAUGUCCAGAGAUGUCUACAGCACUGACUACUACAGGGUAGGUGUGGGAGGUCACACCAUGUUGCCAAUCCGCUGGAUGCCCCCCGAGAGCAUCAUGUACAGGAAGUUCACCACGGAGAGUGAUGUUUGGAGUCUGGGUGUGGUCCUCUGGGAGAUCUUCACCUACGGCAAACAACCGUGGUACCAGCUCUCCAAUAAUGAGGUGAUCGAGUGCAUCACCCAGGGCAGGGUGCUGCAGCGCCCUAGAACCUGCCCCAAAGAGGUAUACGAUCUUAUGCUGGGCUGCUGGCAGAGGGAGCCUCACAUGAGACUCAACAUUAAGGAGAUUCACGGCCUGCUCCUCAACCUGGCCAAAGCCUCGCCCGUCUACUUGGAUAUACUGGGAUGAACGUGGAGGAGAGCGCAAGAUGUCACUGUAUAGGAUGUGAAAACGACUUUUAAAGGCAAUCAAAAAAAAAA